UUGUUCCAACUUGGUCGAGACCGUGCCUUUCGCUUCGCUAAACUUGCAACAUAGUGUAGUACUUUAGUAUUUUCAUUUCAUUCAAUCAAGAAAGCUGGCGGGUGUGCAAUGCAAUAAUGGUGAUUUAGUGAACAGUAUAGUGAUAUUAUAUUGAAAAUAUUUGAUUUGUGUUUGUUUAUCGUUUAUUAGUUCAUGAAAUAGUUAAGUUAUUUUAUGCACAGGAGUGUGGGCGCGACGUUUAACUCGAAGGCAUAAUGGAUGAUGAUCAGCAGUUCUGUUUGCGUUGGAACAACCAUCAAUCGACGCUGGUGUCAGUUUUCGACACCCUACUAGAGAAAGGAAUUCACGUGGAUUGUACUUUAGCAGCCGAAGGACAGACAUUGAGAGCGCAUAAAGUCGUAUUGUCAGCUUGCAGUCCCUAUUUCGAGAAUGUAUUAUCACAACAAUAUGACAAACAUCCUAUAAUCAUUCUUAAAGAUGUUAAAUAUGCAGAGUUGAGAGCAAUGAUGGAUUAUAUGUACCGUGGGGAGGUGAAUAUCUCUCAGGAUCAGUUGGCUGCACUGUUAAAAGCUGCAGAGUCCCUUCAGAUAAAGGGUCUGUCAGACAAUAAGCCUUCGAGGCCUCCGUCGCGCCCACCACAGCCUGCACCUGCACACCCGCCGAGACCACCCUCGCCACCAUCACAGGUGCGCGAUGAUAGCAUUGAUAGUCGUGAGGGCUCCAUGAGCCCCACUCGCCGCCGCAAGAAAGCGCGGCGCAUGUCGAGCGAGAUGACGUCAUCGGAGGCGGUCGCCGCGGGGGUCGCGGUGGCGGAAGGGGUCGGAGCGGCGUUGGCGCUGACGAGUGACAGCGUGUCGUGCAAGGAGGAGGUGUCGCGCGACGGCGUCGAGGACCUCACGUUGGACGAGCCGCGCGACCAGCCCACACCCACACAUGACGUUGUGCGCAGUGAGUACUUACUACUAUUGCUUCACCACACUACUACAAUUCUCUUUCUUUAUAUGGAAUAACAGAACAGAGAGAAG